AUGAAUGCUGUUCAUGGUGAGGUUCUUAUGCCUGUCGUAGGACUGGGUACAGGAGGAUACGGUCAACCUGAUGGUACAGGCGGUGAAUAUUGGGGUCCUGAACAAGGUCAUAAUGCUACAGUAGCAUGGUUGCAGUUGGGUGGUCGACGCAUUGAUACAUCUAACGACUACGGUUCACGCGAUGGAAUUGGUACAGGAUGGGUGGCUAGUGGUGUACCUCGUUCCCAAAUAUUUAUCACAUCCAAAGUGGAUCCAUCUGGCUAUGCCGAAACUCUUGAAGCAUUUUCUGCCAUUCUCAAAUCUCUGAAGACCGAGUAUAUUGAUCUUCUUCUUAUUCAUUGGCCGGGCAAUGAGCCGGGCACAUCCGGUCAGCCAAUACCUUCUUGCAAACAGGGAAAAUCAAAUUGGGCCGAGUGUCGUGUCCAAACAUGGCAAGCAUUACAAAAAUUAUUUGAUCAGCAACGUGUUCGUGCAAUAGGUGUGAGCAAUUUUGAAGUAAAUCAUUUAUUAGAAAUUUUUAAUUUAAAUUCUUCUAUUCCAAGUGUCAAUCAAGUUGAAUUUCAUCCAUAUUGGCAUGAAGAUGAACUUCUCGAUUUUUGCAAGAAACACAAUAUUACCUUUAACAGUUACUCUCCAGGUGGUGCACCUGAUCAUGCAGUAUGGUUUGGUCCUUCAUGGAAUCCUAUUCCGGAUAUGCGUACUCAUCCAAAUGUUACUAAAAUUGCUCAAAAGUAUAACAAGACAUCUGCACAAGUUCUAUAUCGGUGGCAUUGGGAGCAAGGUAUUGUUAUAAAUCCUCGUACUCGAAAUUCAACACAUAUGAUGGAAAAUCUGUCGAUAUUCGAUUUUCAACUUGAUAUACAAGACAUGAUGACUUUAGCUUAUUUGAAUCAUCCAAUAAGUAAAGUAUGUGGUGAUCCAAGACUAAUUUUGUAA